GUAUAAUUAAUUAUAAAAUCAUCAUAAAAAAAAUGCAAGCAGAAAAAUCUCUGCCACGAUCAAGAACUUUUGGAAGUGGAAAAUAGUAAUAAAUUUAGUAAUUUAAGAGAUUAGCUUACAACAGGUAGAUCUAAAAAAACAACAUAUGAAAAUUGUUUAAAUUGUUGUGGAAAUUGUUGUGGAACUUGUAGAGCUUGGAUACCUUGUUGUUGUUGUCCAUAUCCUUAUUAAUUAGUAAAUUAAGGAAAUGUUGGAUUAUUGUAAGAGUUUGGACGUUUUGAAAAGCAAUUGGCACCUGGUAUGCAUUUUGUGAAUUAGUAACUUAAAUAAAUAAAAAUAGAUGUUCAGGUUAAAUAAUAAUGGUGGAUAUGAAAACACAGUAAAUUUAAUAUAAAUUUAAGUUCUGGAUAAGUGAAUAGAUCAGUAAUAUUAACAAAAGAUAACAUAACAUCUGAAAUUGAUACAGUGUUAUAUUAUAGAAUAGUGGAUCCAAUAAAAUGCAUAUAUAGAUUGAAUAAUUUAGAAGGAGCAAUGCUUGAAGUAACUUAAUCAGUGAUGCGUACAGUAUGUGGAGAACAUACAUUAUAAGAAUUAUUAGUAGAUCGUAUUUAAAUAUCUAAUGAGAUUGCCGAAUUAGUAGAAGCAAUAGUAAAUGAAUGGGGUAAAUAAAUUAUAUAAAAUAAUAAGGAGUAUAUGUAGAGAAAUUGUUUAUAAAAGAUUAGAGAAUAAGUGAUGAUUUAAGAUAAGCAUUGGCAUUGGCAGGAACAACUAAAAAAAUGACAGAGGCUAAAAUAAUAUCUGCAUAAGCUGAUGUAGAUGCUGCUAAGUUCUAAAGAGAAACAUCGGAUAUUUUAUCAAGUUAAGCUGCUAUGUAAAUCAGAAUGUUAGAAACACUUUCUCAAAUUGCUAAAGGUGCGAGUAAGAAGGUUGUAAUGAUGGGUUUAUGAAUAUAUU